UAAUCCCUAUUCUAUAUAUGCUGUGAAUAAAUAUUUUGUUUAGUACAAUAUCACAUGAUAGCAUAUUGAUAAAUAUAGUCAUUGUGGAUGACAAUAUAUUUCAGUGGAAGGGAUGUACGUAUGUAUAUAAGGGCAUACUCGAUGUCUAUACUCCUACGUAUAUUUGCUGACAGAUUAAAUUUACACGAAAAUUGCUGAUUUGUAUUUGAUAUUUUAAAUAUUUUUAUAAAUCUUUUUGUUUUUUUUGUUUUUUUUUAGUGUGUACGUUUUUAUCACAUUAAUUUUUUUGGCUAUCAAUAUUUUCAUCAUUUAUUUACAAAUAAUUAAUCGAAAACUGGAGUAGAAGGAAAUUUGUUUGAUGCUGUGAGGCAACUAGCAGAGAGUGAAAUUCAACUUAUCAAAGCUAUUGAGGAGUCUACCAUGGAUUGUCAAAGAAAUACUACAGAUAUGAAAUCUACAACAAAAAAAAAGAAUAUCAAGAAAUCACCUAAACUCUCAAAUGUUCGACCAUCUGCUGCUUUAUUGGCAGCAAAACAAGAGGCAGUACAGCGUAAAAUAUUACAUAAUAAAAAGUCUAACACAAACUUUGUGCAUGACAUCUAUCAAAAGAUUAGAGAUGCAUAUAGUGUUAUGCAUAAGGAAACUGGUAUUGUUUAUGAUCAUUCUAUGGAGGAUCAUAGAUGCUUGUGGGAUGAUAAUUAUCCUGAAUGUCCAGAUAGACUAACAAGAAUCUUAGAAAGAUGUAAAGAAUUAGGAUUAUUAAAUAGAUGUAAAUUAAUUUCAACCAGAUUUUGUACAGAAAAUGAGAUACUUAAAAUGCACAGCCAAAAACAAAUAGAUAUAUUAAAAUCAACCAGUGGAUGUAUGGAUCUGGAUAAAUUGGAAACAUUGUCUUCCAAAUAUGAUGCUAUAUAUGUACAUCCAUCCACUUAUAAACUAUCUUUAUUGGCUGUGGGUUCAACAAUAAGUUUGGUAGAAAGUAUUUGUAAAGGAGAUAUACAAAAUGGCAUGGCUAUUAUUAGACCACCUGGGCAUCAUGCAAUGAAAUCUGAAUAUUGUGGAUAUUGCUUUUAUAAUAAUGUGGCUAUUGCAGCAGAAAAAGCUCUAAAUGAUAAUUUAGCAAAUAAAAUUCUUAUUGUUGAUUGGGAUGUACAUCAUGGACAAGCUACUCAACAAAUGUUUUAUGAUGAUUCACGUGUAGUUUAUUUUUCAAUACAUCGUUAUGAAAAUGGAACAUUCUGGCCUAAUUUAGAAGAAUCUGAUUUUCAUUACAUUGGUAAAGGUUUGGGAGAAGGUUAUAAUUUUAAUAUACCACUUAACAAAACUGGUAUGACAAAUGCUGAUUAUAUUGCAAUAUUUCAACAAGUUUUGUUACCAAUGGCUUAUGAGUUUCAACCAGAUCUCAUAAUAGUCUCAGCUGGUUAUGAUGCAGCACUGGGAUGCCCAGAGGGUGAAAUGGAAGUAACACCUGCAUGUUAUGCUCAUCUAUUAUCAUCUCUAUUGAGUCUGGCAGCUGGGAAGGUAGCUGUAGUGUUGGAGGGCGGUUAUUGCUUAAAGUCAUUGGCUGAAAGUGCUGCAUUAACUCUGCGAACAUUAUUAGGUGAUCCAUGUCCUAUGUUGCAAACAUUGCAAUUACCAUCAUUAAGUAUACGUGACACGAUUUUAAAUUCUAUCUAUGCUCAUAAACAAUUUUGGAAAUGUUAUCAGUAUCAAGAACAAUAUAGUAUUAAUAAUAGAAUUGACAGAAAAGAAGAAAAUAACGAUCAAUAUUUACCGGUUGUUAAUUACAAGGGAGAAGUGUAUAAACCAGAUAUUUAUCAAACAAGAAAUUGUUAUCCUGUACAGAGUAAAGAGAUUCUUGAAGCAUUAGAUAAAAAAUUAGAUUCAUUGAUAAAAUUUACAAAUUUAUCCAAAGCACUUAACAAAGUAUGUAUUGUAUAUGACAACAGGAUGUUGAAACAUUGCGAUACUAUUAAUAACACACAUCCUGAAAAGCCAAAUCGAAUUUUAAGCAUUUAUAAAAAACAUGAAGAGCAUGGUUUACUAGAACGAUGCUAUUUACAACAAGGAAGAGUGGCAACAGAGGAAGAAAUAUUAUUAGCUCAUUCACAGGACUACAUUCAUGCAAUAAAAAAGACAGAAACAUUUAAAUCCAAAGAAUUGGAAAGACAAGCAUUAAAAUAUAAUUCUGUUUAUUUGCAUAAUGAAACAUGGUUUUCUGCUUGUGUAUCUGUUGGUUCAUUACUUGAAAUUGUAGACAAUGUAUUAAAUGGACAAGCACAAUCUGGAGUUGCAAUAAUAAGACCUCCAGGACAUCAUGCAGAACCAGAUCAAGCAUGUGGUUUUUGUAUUUUUAAUAAUGUUGCAAUAGCAGCAAAAUAUGCUGUAAAUAUUCGUAAUGUAAAGAGGGUAUUAAUAGUAGAUUGGGAUGUACAUCAUGGAAAUGGAACUCAAUCUAUUUUUGAAAGUGACCCAAAUGUACUUUAUAUAUCCAUUCAUCGUUAUGAUAAUGGAAAUUUUUUUCCACAUUCUAAAUAUGGCAAUUACACUUCUGUUGGCUCAGGGUUAGGAGAAGGUUAUUGUGUAAAUAUACCAUGGAAUAAAAAAGGAAUGGGAAAUGCAGAAUAUAUAGCUGCAUUUCAACAAGUUGUUAUGCCAAUUGCUUAUCAAUUCAAUCCAGAUUUAGUUUUAGUCUCUGCAGGUUUUGAUGCUUGUAUUGGAGAUCCACUAGGAGGAUGUACGGUAACUCCAGAAAUGUAUGGACAUUUAACACAUUGGUUAUCUUCCAUGGCAAAUGGACGUAUUAUUCUUAGUCUGGAAGGAGGUUAUAAUAUAAAUUCGAUUUCUCAUUCAAUGGCAAUAUGUACAAAAGCAUUACUUGGUGACCCAUUACCCUUGUUAGAUGCUUCAUUAGUACCAUGUUCAAGCGCAAUACAUUCUAUAAAUAAUGUAUUAAAAACACAAAAGAAAUAUUGGCCCAAUUUAAUGUUCAAUUUAUCAUUGCCAAAAGAAAAUCUCACAAAAAUUGCUACUUAUAAAAAAAUGGAUGAGCAAGUUCGAAAUUCUAAAUUUAAUGAACAUUCAGAAUCGAAAAUUGCUUUAGAGGGUAUUGAAAAUGAAAAAUUGGAUAUCAAACUUUCCUUUGAUAAAAAUAGUAUGAAUUUAGUAACAGAUGAAGAGAUAUUGAAACUUCAAAAUGAGAUUGAAAAUAUAAAAAUUAAGAAUUCAAAAACUAUGAAGGAAGGGACAACUACAGAAAUAGCUAGGACAUGUGUAAAUAAGGAUCAACAGAAAGAAAGACAGAGAAGAGAGACUGCAGGAAGUUCUAAUAAUGCAGGAAGUAGUAAUGAUCUUGGAGAGAAUAGAGGAAUUUAUGAUGGAGCAACAAGUUUGACUGAUUAUCUCUCUGAUAACCUGCAGGCAUUAAUAGCUGGCGAAAUGUUUGCUGUUAUACCAUUGCGCGAUUGUCCACAUCUAGAUACUGUUAAUGAUGUACCUUCUCGUGGUAUCGAUGUACAUUUACCAUGUAUGGAAUGUGGUAGCAGUGUUGAAAAUUGGAUUUGCCUACAAUGUUAUACUGUACAUUGUGCAAGAAAUAUCAAUCAACAUGCAUUAUUACAUGCUGAUGAAACUCAGCAUCCUCUGACUCUAAGUUUUAGUGAUUUAUCAGUCUGGUGUUAUGGAUGUGAAGCUUAUAUCGACAAUCCGAGAUUAUAUGCAGCUCGGAAUGCAGCACAUCAAAGUAAAUUUAAUCAAGAAUCACCAUGGACUUACGAGGGACAAUGAAUUAGUGCCAUAUUUUGCUUAUAAUUACAUGUAGCAGAUAUUGAUAAAAUUAGAAAUUUAUUGGAAUGUUAUUAUUUAGUAUUUUUACAUAUUAUUUUUACUAAA